GAUCGGCGAGUGACAGUUGGUGUCAAAAGUACCUGAUAGUAAUUCGGCAUGUGCAAAACAAAAAUCUGAAAUCAAAAGAAAAAACAAUGAAAUUCAAAAUAGAUAAGUAAAUAUAGAAUGUGUGAAAUAGAUUCGAAAUAAUGGAAGCAAUUGGUGAAACAGAGAAGAAAUUUCAGCCCAGCGAUCAGGAGAAACAAAAAUAUCGUAUGAGAGCUGCGGCAUUUUUGGCGACUGUAUCGGGUAUGGCAGCAUUUGUGGGAUUUAGUCGAACUAUAGCAACUGCACGAAAACAAGACCAACAACUGUAUGAACAAGCAACGGUCGAAACAGUGAACCUAAUCGAAUCUGGCACAAGAUUAGCAACGAGAGCUCUGGCAUGGGGUACAUUUUAUGCGGUGCUUGGCACUGGCACAUUUUUCUAUGGCAUUUGGAAAUUGUCAGGAGCAAAAAAUAUGGAUGAAUUCCGGCACAAAAUGGGUUCAGUACUGCCAAAAAUUAGCAAAGAUACUCAAACUAGUCGAACGGAGUUUGAAGGACUCAACGAUUUAAUGAAAUAUUUAUCGACGCAUAAAAAAACGGAAUAAAAUCCAUUGCAGUAGAAUUAAAGCGCGAAAUGAGCUGUGUACGAACGACUUUAUGAAUAAACCAUUUUAUUUAACAAAAUUAGGAAGAAAAAAUAGAUAAAAAAUGGGAAAAUGAUGUCUUGGAUUUCUUUCUGUUCUCAAUUUCUUUGGCUUGUGUACAAAACCAUUAAACCAAAAUCAAAAUAUUGUUCAUAAAAAUGGAUUCAUCUACUGAAAAAAAGGGGAUUGAAUCUUCAUUGACCUCACAAUGAUUUCUUAUAGUAAAACAAAGAAAAAUCAAAUAUGCUCUGACGUCACGAAUGAGUUCAUUUUUCGCUUCGACACGGAAUCAGAUGGAAACACUUGACUGCAUGAUAUCAAUCUAUCUGUGUCAAUUGAAUGCAUCAUCGUGCCAUUUGAAAUCCGAUUGUUCGACUUUGGAAUUUAUUAAUUGCAUCGCUUUGGUUUGGUUUGGUUUUAUUAGUUACUACACAAUCACACGGCCAUAAACUAUAGCGUUUCCAAUCGAUUGGUUCCGGACAUAUACAAAUGAGUGACCAUAGCACAAUACCGAUGCUCAAGUACAAUGGCUCACAAAAGUCGUUGAGCCAUUAUCUGCUGUUUGAAUACUUGCAUGUGUUCGAUUUGAUGCGAAUUUGUGAUCUCGACACCAACGAUGACCAAUUUUUCAUCACUCUAAUCAGAGAACAUGUAAUUGGUAAAAGACUAAUCAAACUCUGGUCACGACGCUACAAAACAUGAGAGUGGACGAUGUGGAAAACAUUUGAAAAAUUUGGUCCAUUCAUAAAGCGAUUGAAGAUUCCGAUGCAAUCCGAUUGUCUCAAUCACAAGUUGCAAACAAUAAUUCAAUACAGUGCACCCAACACUCUGACCGAAUUGUAAUACGUAAAACAACCAACAGAAGGCUAUGAUCAAGUAACAGAGCUGGUGGACCGUAAUCUGAUUCAGCAAGCCAUUCCAUACUUUAGCAAUAUACGAAGUGCUAUGAUUGAUAUUGAUGGAAGUUACAACGGUGUAAUGUCUGUAUUUUACGAAAUUUUUCCCAAUUCAGGUCUAUUGAAAAGUCUCAAAAUUCAGGGUCAAGACGAUAAGAAUUGGUUGAAGUGAAUUUAGUCACAGUUCUCAAUCUCAAUUUAACAGAGUUGGUUGUCUACAACCAUUCGGUCGGUGGAGUGGAAUUAGCUAAAUUCAUUGGGAAACUACCCCAUCUGGAGACGUUUAUUUGGCAUUGUAAUAACAGCUGUCCAGAAAUUGGAGAGACACUCGUCAAAUAUUGCCCAAAACUCCAAACCUACGGUGACUAUUGUAGAAAUCGCAGUGAUGAUCCACACUUUUACGACUUUCUCGAUCAGUUUGAAUAUUUGGCCCGUGCAAUUUUGACAAAACGAUCAAUUACCGCCCAUGAUCUCGAAAGUACCCUUCAGAUUUUGGCACGGAAAUAAUCAACUUCACGAAUUGAACAUUUUUCUAUGUAGUGAUAACAUUAUACAGUCAAACGACAACUGUAUUACGUAUUCCAAUGGAAUUGCCAGUUUGAAAAGCAUUUCGUUCCAUUUUGAAGUCGGCGCUUCGACAGUUAGAGAUUUGAGUCAUUACGAACCACUCUUUUGCAAUUUGAUGACAUCGAUGCGUGGCCUACCGAAUCGAUUAACCGAUCAUUCCUAUUUAACCUAUCAAAAAUUCUCCAAUUCCCAACACAAAUUCGAGAAAUAAACAUCGUUAAACAGCUACUACACCAAAUGCCAGUUGAGGUACGACGCAUCCGGAAAUGUAUCUUAACCUCGAAUUUUUAUGUUAAAACAAAGAAUAAUCAAAUAUGUUCCGAUGUCUUUACAAUAUUUUUUCAAAUGAAAUAAAAUAAUCCAUACAAAAAAUUUAAAUCAA